UGCAUGAGAGAUGCGCGCCAGAAGUUCAGAAGGGGCGACGUGAGGGAGACAAGCGAAGAGAGUAUUGCGUCAAAAAGGGCCAAAGGGGACGAAGGGUCACUGCGCCCCCCAAAGGCUGCGCACGGGAUUUAGACGCUGUAGACGCGAAAUUCUCCGUUCCCAUCCCAAGAGGAAAUGAGAGAAUCCUUCCCCGUCCCUCUAUGAAAGACUAUCCUAGGUUAUGGGCGCUUAUCGUCUCCUUGCAGCCCCCCCUUCCCAAUCAGCAAAAUCUCCGAAAUGGCCGGGGCUCCAGAAGUCUCCGUCCUGGCGUAGGAGCGGGCACCUCCUCCCUCCAUUGGCUCCGCUGCACCAGACGUCGCCAUAAAUGCUUCUCUCCCUCCCCAGCCGCCUGCUGCCCCCUCAGCGAGGACUCCUUCCAGAAGGGCGAGCUGGCGCGAGUGGCACUUGCCGCCGCCGCCUGCUUUGAGUUCCUACUGUAUUAGACGCUGUUUAGCCGGCCGGGAUCAGGCGUCUCGGCGCUCUCCCCCCUCGUUGCUUCCGAGGGAGGCUCGGGUGGUGCUGGCUGACCCUUCAGCUGCCUGAAGGGUCCCAGCGGCUGCCAUGAACCAGGUCCCGGACCCCAAUAGUCCUGACCAGCCUGACAAAGAUACCUGCAGCUCAGCUCAGCUCCAGCCGGGGGUCAACAGCGGUCCCGCCAGGGGGAUGCCGCAGUUACCGAACCUACCCCAACUCAUCCAAAAUGCUGCCAAGCUACUGGACAAGAAUCUAUACUCUGUCAGCACCCCGAAUCCUCUGCUUCCUUCUCCUGCAAGUCUUCAGCUUGCUCAGCUGCAAGCCCAGCUUACCCUGCACAGGCUAAAAUUGGCUCAGACAGCAGUCACCAACAACACAGCAGCUGCAACAGUCCUGAAUCAAGUUCUCUCCAAAGUGGCCAUGUCUCCGCCACUGUUCAACCAAUUAAGACAUCCUUCCAUGUUUAACUCUCCUCAGGGACAUAUUGGUGGGGUGGGAGCUACCAGCACUAGAUUCCCACCUGGUGGAAUACAUUUUUCAACACAAAAUCCCUCUUUGGCAGUACCAGGUGGAAUUCUGGGAUCUGUAGGUAAUGUUCAAAAUCAAAACCCAAACACUGUGGUCAUAAAUCCUUUUGGAGGUGUAAUAUCUCAGACAGCUGGACAAGAGACUGUAGUUAUGGGACUAAAUAAGACUGGCAUCUCCUCUGCUUCAGGUGGAUUUUAUGACUAUGGUAAACAAGUAUUUCCCUCUGAUGCUGAACAGUGCAGCCAGCAUGGCUUUGUGACGAGUGGGUCUCAUUCAGUCCCAACUUCUUCUGGAGUUGGAACCUAUGAUCGCCAUUUUGGUAAGCAUGACAACCAGCCAGGAUUUCAGAAAGACUUUUAUGGAGUGACUUCUAAAGACCAGCACACAGCUGGUGUACAGUCUUUGACUUUUGCUGGUGAUCCACAUAAUUCUCAUCAGAUUAUAAAUCAAAAAGGCGAGGCAGGUCCUGUAAUACAUGAAACUGAAACAAAGCAGUGGGAAAAUCCUUCUACUUUCCCUAACCAAAAUAAGCCUGACACCAUUCCCAAUGCCAGCAUGUGGUUGUCAACAAAUGUCCCAUAUGAAAUAAGAAACGAUCUCUACAACCCUGAAGAACCAACGCCUGACACAAAAUUUAGUGCUAGCACUCCUCUUCCUUUCAACAGAACCAAAAGCAGUAUACAGAAUUUCAGUAACUCACGAAUGAGACAGAAGCAGGAACCAGAUUUGUCAGUGAGACCUCUUCAGUCUCAUGAGCUGAAUGACUUUCAUAGUAUAGCACCUAUUUGCUUCCCUCACAUCUGCACCCUAUGUGAUAAGAAGAUUUUUGAUCUAAAGGACUGGAAUCAGCAUAUUAAAGGACAUCUUCACAUUCAAAAAUGCUUGACUUUCUCAGAGAACACAGACAUAUGUUGUUCAGCAGAAGGAAUGUUGCACUCUUCUUCUCCAAAUAAUGCAUCUGUGUUUAAUCUUUCUGGUACUGAAGAUUACUCUUUAAAUGCUGGGUCAUCAUACAACUCUUCACCUUCAUUUGGCCAGCCAGGUUCUACCUUCCCUUCCGUACCUUCUGGAGUAAAUUUGCCACAAAGGAAAUGUACCCCAGGCCGAGUAGUACACAUCUGUAACCUUCCUGAAGGAAGCUGUACAGAGAAUGAUGUUAUUAAUCUUGGACUUCCCUUUGGAAAAGUCACUAAUUAUAUCCUUAUGAAAUCUACCAAUCAGGCUUUUCUAGAAAUGGCCUAUACUGAGGCAGCUCAGGCUAUGGUGCAGUACUACAAAGAGAAACCUGCAAUGAUAAAUGAUGACAAGCUGCUCAUUAGAAUGUCUAAAAGAUACAAAGAACUUCAGCUGAAGAAACCAGGUAAGAAUGUGGCAGCAAUAAUCCAGGACAUCCAUUCUCAGAGGGAGUGGGACAUGUUGCGGGAGACAGACAGAUAUGGACCUGAAAGGCCUCGGUCUCGCAGCCCUAUAAGCCGUUCACUUUCCCCAAGAUCACACACUCCAAGCUUUACUUCCUGCAGCUCUCCUCAUAGUCCAUUGAGCACAAACUGGACAGAUUGGGGAAAUGGAAGAGAGCCAUGGGAUCAGUCUCCAUAUUCCCGAAGGGAGGAAGAAAGAGUAGUAAUGCCCUGGCGAGAGAAUGGGGAAGAGAAAAGAGAUAGGAAUGACACAUUGGUGCAUGAGAGAAAACAUUAUGUGCGCCACUUGGAUAAACUAGACCUGGAAGACCGUGUUGAAGGAGCCAGAAGCCACAGAGAAAAAUAUUUAAGAGGGGGUUCACCCAAUGCAAAAGGGGCUCAUGGUUUGCCUGAAUAUAAGAGCAGAGAAGAAAACUGUUAUAGGAAAACAACGAAGCAAAAAUCUGAUAAGUAUCCAAAACAUACACUGGAUACAACUCCAAAGUGUAAAAGAAAGGAAGAGACAAGAUUGAGAGAUCACAAACAUUCUUCUUACUAUGAAGAUCCAGCUAAGGAAGAAACAUCAGAACAAAGACCCAACAAAGUGCCUGACAAUAUGAGGCAAAAGCAAAGUGAUAAGGAAAAAUUCAAGGAUGCUGAUAAAAAGCCAGAGGAAGAGGUACCUGGUGAGGCGGAAAGAGUUUAUGCAAAGACAAGGAAAGGAACUGAGAAUGAGGUCGAAAAAAAGGAUCCUAAUACGGAGGACAGCCCCUUUCCAACAAAUAAGCAGAUGAAAGAAACAGAAGAUUCUGUGGAAAGCUCAAGAAAUGAGAAGGAUUGGGAGAGUGGAAGUGAGAUGGAAGCUGAGACCUGGUAUCCAAGUAAUAUGGAAGAGCUAGUAACUGUAGAUGAGGUGGGAGAGGAUGACCUUAUCAUGGAACCAGAUAUAACUGAACUUGAAGAAAUCAUAACAGUAGGCCAGAAAGACCAAGAAUGUCCUGUAAUGAGUGCUUUAGUUGCUGGAUUUGAGGUGAAGAAUGAGCACAGCUUGUUAAGUAGAAAUGAAGACAAAUCAAAUGUAAUGGAAGCAAGCUUAGGGUCAGAAGAGGAAAAUGUAGGGAAUCCCACUGGCUUGGAAGGUGAUAAUACAGCUGCUAAAGCACCACAUCUAAAUCUGGACACUGAGCAGAAGCCAGAGGAAUUGCACGAAGACAGACCUCUAAAGGAUUCCAGUUACCAUGAUAAGGAAAGAAAAAUCAAUGAAAGCACUAGCAUUCAUUUAAGGUUGGAGGAGCAGUGCAUAUCUUCUGAUCUUCCAAAGGAAGAGCUCUUUCAGCGGAAUGACUCAUUCAUAGAAGAUUAUAAAGAGAUGGAAUCGUUAGAAAGUGAGAGUAGAAAAGCUAUGGAAAUGCUGGUUAAAAACUCCCAGGAGGAAACAAGCUGUGGAAGUCAGGAGCAACAAAAGACUCAGGCAAACUGUAGGUAUCAAGAAAUGAAAAAUCCUGGCUUCCCAGAGGUGGAAUCCAAAAGAUCAUACUUUUCACCAUCAUGGGAACAAGAAGAUGUGUUUACAGAGCUUAGCAUUCCACUAGGAGUGGAAUUUGUUGUGCCCAGAACUGGCUUUUACUGUAAACUCUGUGGACUUUUCUACACAAAUGAAGAGACAGCAAAGACUCGUCAUUGUAGAAGUACUGUUCACUACAAAAAUCUUCAGAAGUACCUAUCCCAGCUUGCAGAAGAGAGUCUGAAGAUGAAUGAAAAAGAAAGCAGCUUGCCACAAGAUGAUAUUGGAAUUGUCCCUCACUUUGAGGAGAAAAAACUGUGAUCUUGAUUAAUUUGAAGUGAACACUGAUGAUUUUCGGCUGAUCCUGCUGAUGCACCUUUAGUCCCACCUCUGUGGGACGGAAGGCAUAAUGAAAAGCUUGUUGUUUGCAUCUACACUGACAGCACCAUUAAAAAACAUAAUGCCUGUAAUACAGGGAAGCAAGGUGACAUAACCAUUAGCAGCAAAUCUCCACUUUCUUGGCCUGUAACAGAUACAACAGCUCUCUUUUUAAACCAGAAUUCUCAGGGAUUCCCUCAGUGUUGGUUCAGGUAUGGCCUAAAUAAAAAACAAUACUUCUAAUUACAUCACCUCACCCAGCAGUGACCCACAAGUCUUGUAAGCACAUCAAUGUCUUGCAUGAAAAAGUUAUAGUUCAUAUAUUCAAAGGCCUUACAAUCCACAUUCAGGGAGGGGGGCAGAAGCAGUGAAGCCUUUCCAUCUUCAGUGCCUGUCUGUACACAUUUCAGAAGACUACCCCAAGUUUUGUUUCUCUGGCAGGAUCCGUUAACUAUUCUCAGCUUUUCUUAAAGCUUAUUCUUCCUAAUUUUAGAAAUCAACAAGACACUUAAUUUUGUUUUCAUUAGAAAUCUUAGUCAGCCAACAGUAUGCGUGUAUUAAGUCUGCAUAAAUCUGCACAUGAAUUUGAAAAAGUUCUAAACAAAAAACUUUGUUCUUUAUCUUAGAUGAUGUGCACACUUGUUGCAUCAUUGUAGAAGAUAUACUGCUUCCUGAAUGAGGGAGAAGGAGGCAUGCCUCUUCUAAGAUGGUGCCUGCCACUUCGUGAGGGUGGGGAGGUUCGAUCCCAGCGCAUGGUUGAAAAUAACAAGUUGCAGCAGUCUUACUGAAGCUAAGCAGGUUGGGUCUGGUCUGCACAUGCAUGAGAAAAAGCUUGGGAGCAUUAUGCUGCUUUGAGUUCCAUGAUGGAAGAAAGGCAGAUAAAUAAUAAACAUCUUGCAUUUGUUCAAUUAAUCAGAUGCACCUUUUCAGUUGAUCAAAAUGUUUUCAGUGAUUGAUUGAUUAAAUAUUGCAGUCCGAAUUUGAGCUGACUUGGAAUUUCACUUCCAUUAAUUUCUAUGUUGAUGAUAUGUGUGCCUGAUGAUGAUGAUGAUGGACUGCCUUCAAGUCGAUCCUGACUUAUAGCAACCCUAUGAAUAGAGUUUUCAUAAUACAGUAUUAUUAUAUUUGUGUUUCAGCAAUAUGUGUAUUUACAUCAUCCAGAGUUCCACUAAAGUAAACUGCUUUACUUUUUUAUUUCACUGAGGCUUGGAGUGGUAAAAUUAAUAGAUUCUGUUUAAAACUGUUAGUAGCAUUAAUCACAGGAUGAUUUUUUUCAAAAUGCACCAGGUACCAUAUGAGUUGCUGAAAGAUGAGUUGCCCAAAGAUGAGCAAAUGUAUUUGCUGCAGUUCCUUUUUUUGGAACAUUUUCAAAGAAAAUUAGAAAAAGUAUAGGAAACAUACAGGAGAAGGGUUCUUCCCAUUAUUCACUGUCUCUAAAAUUUACCACAUUAUAUUUCCUUACUGUUGGCACUUUUAAGUUUUUUCCUUUCUAUGAAUAAAUUAACACAGAAAUGGCACAGUUGCCAAGAUCUAAUCAUAAUCUUAUUUUAUGUUACCUGUUCCAUACCAUGUUUGGGAGAAGGGGCAAGGAAUGAACAUCUUCCGUUGACUUUCUGGAAGUACGUGUUGUCACUAAUCUCGGUUCCAUUUCGUUAAAUGGCAUAAACAUUCCAUUUAUUACCACCAGAGAUGGAGUCAAACAGCACAUUUCAGAUUCCCAAACUUUAGACCCUUUCAGGUCCUGACCUUUGGCUACGCAAUGUAAAAUGUAGGGGCAGGCAUAUCUUUCAAGUACAUCCCUAAUCUCCCAGAUACCAGGUGUACUGAACUUUGCAUCCAAUUUUUAAAAACAUUUUAUCCCAUCUUUCAUCAUAACAAUUUCCAAGGCAGCUAAGAGAGUUUUAAAACAAUUAACAUAGAAAAACAAUAAAAUUAUAAAAACAGCAAUUAAAGUAAUAAAUGUUUGCUGCCAUGAACCAUGAAUACACUUCCAGUGUUAUGGGAAAGACAGAUGAUUUGUGGGGGUUGGGAACAUGAGGACCUUUCUUUUGCCAUGACUUAUGUCAUGGAUCUUAGUGUAAAUGUUGACAUGGCCAAUCCCAGUGUAGGAUGCAUAUCCUGCUGGGAGAUAGCACACAUGGCUGGGGAUGGGGUGGGGGAAGGAAUGUUCUUUUUCAACAAAAAUGGGCCACCUUAGUUUGGAUUUUUUGCACCAAAAAUCUGAAAUUUAAGAAACAUUAUUUUCACACCUGAUGUAAUUCUUCACAAAGGUCAUUUGUAUUGAUUAAUUUUGUAUGUGUAGGCAGUGUUGCACAAGGCUGAAGCACAACCAAAGACUAUUUAUUAUCACUAUGUAAAAAGCUUUCUUAUUUAUAAAUUGUUGCAAACUAUCUCAGAUAAACAAUUCAAAGUCUUUAGAACUUGUAGUAUUUUCUUACUUGUUUCAGCCUAUUACUCUAAUGGGUGUUAAGUGUCCCAUGUAUUUUUUUAUUUUAAAACCAAAGAAUCAAAUAAUUGCCCCCCAAAACUUGACAAAUAUUGUUACUGGCCUGCACAUUAGUGUUUAGUAUCAGGCUUUCAAGGUUCUUCUGUCUCUGUUAAGUCUAUGAUUGUUGAUUAUAUGCUUGAACUGGACCAGAUGUUACUAUUUAUUGAGUUCACAUGAUCUUGUUUAAUUAUUGGCUUGUAAACAUUUAGAAUGUGUUAGAAUUUCAGUUAAUUAGGAAACAUCACAUGCUUUAAUUGCUCUGUGUACCUAAGAUUUCAGAUUAUAUUGGUUAAAAUGAACAAUGAUUGUAAUA